AUGCCCAGGUAUUACCCCCGACCGGGCUUCCACCGCCCACAGACAGACGGUGCUGCCAGCCGACAGUCGUCGCCAUCGCCAGUCCCAAAGGCACAGACUCCUCCAAACACCCCGCCGCCCUCACUCGACUAUGCCCCGCGAGCCUCCGACGAUAAGGCUUUGACGGCCUUUGCCCAGCUGGGUGCCCUGCGUCUGAAUGCGCGCCGAUGUCUGAUAUCCUUCUUCGACCGCAAGGACUGCUUCCUCCUCGCAGAGGCCACCCGUACCCUGUCCCUGCAGACCGGAGAACCAGAGUUCGAAGACGACCGUCUGUGUUUUGGAACCACCAUUUUCCCCAAGGAGCAGAGUCUCUGUAACUACACCGUCAACCUGGCCCCAAAGUACACCGUCCUGCCUCUCGAUGACCCGAGCGAUCUCCCUUCGCUGGUCGUCAAUGACCUCAGCAAGGACAAACGCUUCGCAAACUUUCCCUUUGUAAAGGGUGCGCCAUUCUCUCGUUUUUACGCCGGAGUGCCUAUCCGGAGCCCUAGUGGGCACAGCAUCGGCACCUACUGUGUUCUGGACGAGAAGCCGCGCGACGGUCUAACGCCACACCAGCUAGCUUUUCUGAAAAGCAUGGCCGGUACUGUGAUGCGCCACCUUGAGAGGACCAGGGCGGCUGAAGAUCACCGUAGAGCAAAGAUUAUGGUGAAGAGUUUAGGUUCCUUUGCCGAAGGGAAGAGUGGCCUGGAGAAUUGGGCACAUGACCCAUGGGAUGUUGAUCAACUUCAAGUCCCCGGACUGCCAGAAGGCAUUACGCCCCACCGCCAGCGACCAGCUGCCAAUUCAGAUGCUUCACAGCACUCACCACAACUUCCCAUACUCAACGGAUAUAACCAUACAGGCCUGAACCCUCCAAGUACCGUGAAUAACAUGGCAGGCCCGUACACACCACCGGUAAGCGGACCAUCCAGCACGGUAGCAUCAAGUGCCGCCGCACCAAUGGCUAGCCAAGGGGAAGAGGGCGGGCCCCCGGACAUAGCCACCACAGCGUCGUCCAGCUCUACCAAGGGGUUCGCAAAGGCCGGCGAGAAGGACCGAGUGGCCCCGGAACUUAGGGCUCAUUUUACCCGGGCAGCGAACAUGAUUGUCGAUUCCACCGAGGCCGAAGGCGUGGCAUUCUUUGACGCCAAGGUCAGCACUUUCGGAGGUCUCGUGGACGAUGACUUUGACCCUGAUCAGCUCCCCGAACCGGACAAGCCCUGUGACAUCCUUGGUGCGGCCUUGUGUAAAACCGACCGCGAUAUCAAGCCCUUGCCCAACACUGGUGAAUGCAUCUCAGAGAGCGUUCUGAGACAUCUUCUACGACUCUAUCCGCAUGGCCAAAUUUUCCACCUCGAUGAUGACCCCACGUCCCCUUCUAUCAAUUCCCCGUCAACGGGUUGCGAGGACAUCGAGUCGUCAGAUGGGUUUCCAUUCGUUACGCCACGCAAGGCCGAGUCUACGCGGAGCUUGGACGACGAGGCUUACCUGAGAAGGGUGUUUCCCACUGCUCGUAGCUUGAUACUGUAUCCCUUGUGGGAUCCGCAUCGUGAGCGAUGGUUUGCGACCGCCGUCAUCUGGAGCUCUGAGCCGAAGAGGAUUUUCACAACCGAGCAAGAGCUCAGCUAUCUGGCAGCGUUUAGCAAUUUUGUCAUGGCCGAAGUCGCUCGUUUGGACACAAAGCUGGCAGAUGCUGCAAAGGCUGACUUCAUUUCUUCCAUCAGCCAUGAGCUGCGAUCUCCUUUGCACGGUAUACUUGGAAUGACCGAUUUGCUAAAGGACUCUUCGCUCGAUAACCAGCAAACUUCGCAUCUAGCAACAAUCGAAACGUGCGGCAAGACCUUGCUGGAAACCAUCAAUCAUGUUCUUGACUUUGCCAAAAUCAACAAUCUGACACGCGGAGUUUCGAAACGUCACAAGAAGCGCACACAAAGUGCGAAGCACAUGAUUAGCCCUGGCCAUGCUCACACGAACGAUAUAAUGACACUGAUCAACGAUGUCGAUAUGAGCAUACUCACUGAGGAUGUUGUAGAAAGUGUCUUUGCUGGUUAUACAUACGCGAAAACCUCUGCCCAGACAUACGAGCUCACCACAACCAAGUCGAACAAGCCGCCAAUCUCGAUUGUUUUGGACAUCAACCACAGCGACAACUACGUUUUCCGUACACAGCCCGGUGCCUGGCGACGCGUAAUCAUGAACUUGUUUGGAAACAGUCUAAAGUACACACCCAGCGGCUACAUCAAGGUGAAGCUUGAGGCAAAGCGAAAACCUGAACUGGAUGAUGAGACUUGUGAGUUCCGUUUUUCAGUGACCGAUUCCGGUAUCGGAAUGUCGGAGGACUACAUCAACAACAGGCUCUUCCACUCUUUCGCCCAAGAAAACCCCUUGAGUCAGGGUACCGGCCUAGGUCUCUCAAUUGUCAAGCAGAUUGUGGAAUCACUAGGAGGCGACGUGGAAGUGCGAAGUGAAAAGGAUCGUGGCACUAAGUUCAUAGUCACCUGUCCAUUGAAAGAGUCCCGGAUGUCGCCAAAUUUCUGUGCAACUGGGCCAGAGGGCGAGAAAGAUUUGCGACUACAAGCAGUCACCAAGCGCACCAAAGGCAUGAAGGUACGCUAUCUGGGCUUCAACGAAGAAGAAGAGUACUUUGUCAGAGACCUCAAGAACAAGACAGCCUCAAAGUUGUCACUAAAGGCACUUCACAGUCUUUGUACGGAAUGGUUUGGCAUGCAAAGGUGCGACGAGGGCUCUGCCUGUGACCCAGACAUGGUCAUCGCUACCGAGGCUUGUGCAAAAGUAUUGCGAACCACUUACAGUCAGAAUCCUGGCAAGGUGGCACCAGCGCCAGUCAUUGUUGUCUGUCAGGGUGCAGCAGCAGCGCAAUCGACUACAGCCAUCACCGUUCCGGGAAUUAUAUUCGAAUGCAUUGGUCAGCCAGUGGGGCCACACAAGCUGGCAAAGGCCCUCUCUUCUUGUAUCGAUCGACACGCGAACAGGUCACUGGAACAGACAGUCAACACACUUGUGCCUAAAAUAACGGAACUGAAUCUCAAGGAGGAUGCAGCGACCGAUCAACGCACUGACUCUUUGCACGUAAUAGAACCUCAUCGACCACAGCUCACAAGCGUCAGCAGUGCUCCUGAAAUACGGUCGAUAGCCGCCAGUCCUGUUAAGCCAUCGAGAUACCAAAAGCCGACUCGUGCGCUAAGAUGUCUCUGUGUCGACGACAACCCCAUCAACCUCCGCCUUUUACGCACCUUUGUCGACAAGCUGGGUCAUAAACACAUUCUCGCAGCUGAUGGCUUGGAGGCGUUGGAAAUCUACAAGGACUCGGAUAGCGACGACACACGCAUCGAUGUUGUGCUCAUGGAUAUCAACAUGCCCGUCAUGGACGGCCUCGAAGCAACGCGCCAAAUCCGCGCCCAUGAAAUCCGCUCCAAUCUCCCCAAGGUAACCAUCAUCGCGCUCACAGGCGUGGCCGACACCGAUAUCCAACAAGAAGCAAACUCGAGCGGCAUCAAUCUUUUCCUCAUCAAGCCCGUCCGCCUCGCUGAUCUAGAAGUGAUUCUCAGGGGCGUAGUUACCGGGCAGGAUAAGGCCAACCUGGAACUCGAAGCCGAGCGCGAGAAGCUAAAGCAAGCGGAGCUCAAAGCCAUCCUCAACGUGGAGAGUACCAACGAGAAGACACGGAGUGUCAACGUAGGCGUUGCCGUGGUGCAAGGCGAAGAGGAAGUACACCGGACGAUCAAAGUGAUUGAGCAUAAGAAAAGCGCGUCGGCGGUGAUAUGACUAUGAAAGAAGGAGAACAAAGCAACAACGAAAUAUUCUGGUAUAACAAAUGGACGGACACUCGGGCUAUCUCAGCAACAACAACAUCAAAGGAACAAAACUGGGCAGGAGUAGGCAGGAACUUGGGACAUAUUGGUUAUUCACACACAAAGGGGGUGUUUCUUUUUCACAUGGCGGCGGCCACACACAUACAGUCCAGUCCCUGACAACAAAUUGAAACAAACAAAAACGGAGUACGCGCAUUCUAGUCGGCGUACUGAACAGGCGUAUCGUUUUUUGAGAGAGAAAGAGAGUAGGGGGAUGAAAAAGCGAAAGCGAAAGUGAAAACGCAUUUUCGAGCUUUUUAUGUUUCUUGUCUUUCAAAAUCAUGGCGUUUAUACCCUUGUCUAUCUGGUUGAUUUUCUUUCUUUCUCUCUCUCACUUUUUCAACUUUCUCUCUUUCUCGCUCUGUUUCGUCUCGCUCUCAUGUGGCUAAGGGAGUCUUCAAGGGGGGGGGAGCUAGCUGCUUGUUUUCUCUUCUCUUCUUCCCGCUUCUCUCCUCUUCAUCAGCUUCUUUCUUCUUUUUAUCGGGGCAGUUUAGUUAGUUAGUUAGUUCAAGGACAUGCAUGGCAUUAGCGUGGCGUCCUUUUCUUCUCCUUUUUUCCGUUUCUACGUUGGUUCGGUAUGAUUAUUCGAAGUUUAAGUUUUUUUUUGGGUUUUCAGUCUAGGAGCGACUUGAAGGCAGUUUAUGAAUAUGAUAGGAUGGCGUGGGCGUAGGCGUGGGC